AUGAUCCUUCGUCGUUUGGCUUCCACAGCUGCAACCACGAAGUUCUCUUUACCUCCUACAAUUCGACAGCUUCUUGCAUCACCAACCACAGGCGCAAUAGAUAGUGUCCCAACCACCACCGUGUCGGGAUGGAUUAAAUCCAUCCGGAAGCAGAAGAACGUGUCGUUCGCCGUUAUCAACGAUGGAAGUUGUCCCAAGGGCCUGCAGGCUGUGUUAGUCAAGGGGAAAGACGAUGAAGCGCUUCGAAGACUGUCCAAUGGCACUGCCGUUCGUCUUAUGGGGCGCCUCGUAUCCUCGCCUGGUGCUGGCCAAUCGCACGAACUUCUUGUCGAUGAGAAAACUGGAGGAGAGGUCGUCGUACUUGGAGAUUGUAACCCCGAGGCUUAUCCUAUCCAGAAGAAAUCUCUGACGGCCGAAUAUUUGCGCGACCACGUUCAUCUACGAACACGAACGUCCCAUAUUGCAGCCAUGACAAGAUUGCGGGAUGUCCUUGCUCGUCGCAUUAAUGGCUGGUUUGAGUCCCAAGGGUUUUGCUAUGCCAAUACCCCUGUAAUAACUGGGAAUGACGCCGAAGGAGCCGGUGAAACUUUCCGUCUCGCAUUAGUGGAAAAUCAGCACCCUGCAGCCGCAAAACCGACCCAGUCACAACCUCCAACCCCAACAGAAUUCUUCUCUCGACCUGCCUACUUGACAGUAUCCCAUCAACUACAUCUGGAAGCCCUGGCUACGGCCCUGUCUCGUGUGUACACCCUAUCACCCUGCUUCCGUGCUGAACCAUCUCUGACUGGACGACAUCUUGCCGAGUUUUGGAUGCUUGAAGCUGAAUGGGCGUUCCCAACUGCCAACGGUGUUCAUGGAGUGUGUGACCUCACGGAAGCACUUCUGCGAGAGACUGUCGGCGAACUAUUGCCGACUCAAGACGUUGACUUACUUUUGCAGGAUGUUGGAGAUGCGAGGCGCCGUAUCCUGCAAAAUGCCUUCGAGACGCCUGCGUCGUGGAUGCGCAUGACAUAUUCUGAAGCCAUCCAAGAGCUAGAAAAGGUUUCUACUUUUGGAACUGUCAAGUUCACUUAUACACCGAAGUGGGGUCAUGGUCUUCAGAGCGAACACGAACGCUGGCUCGCCGAAACUCUCAUCGGAGGGCCAGUAUUUGUGACAGACUAUCCUGCGGCCUUGAAGCCUUUCUACAUGCGCGCCAACCCCGAUGACAAGACGGUUGCGUGUUUCGAUCUCCUCGUUCCGUGUGUAGGGGAACUUGUAGGGGGAAGCGUGAGAGAAGAAAGGGUGGCAGUAUUGGAACAGAAGAUGCGUGACGCCGGCUUGUUGGACGGGUCGCAAGGAGGCUAUGAGUGGUAUCUUGACUUGCGUAGAUAUGGUGGCGCACCACAUGCAGGCUUUGGUGUGGGUUUCGAACGGUUAAUAAGUUGGAUCUCUGGUGCCGAUAAUAUUCGAGAAUGCAUACCAAUGCCGAGAUGGGCAGGGCGGAUGUUGCUGUGA